AUGUCGAUAGAGCUGUGGCAACAAGCCCAGAUGAUUGUGCGCAGUAAUCGUCUCAGCCGGACGAUUGCGACGGUUAAAUUUUCUUUGUCUGCCUGCCAGGCCUAUCACAGCCCGCACAGUCGGUUUAAAGUUGUGGGAUGUCGCCCUUGCAAAGUUGGAAAAGGCAAUCCUGACAUGGAUUUCAUGGAUUUCAUGGAUUUCAUGGAUUUGAGUCUCUUCGUCUGGAGAUCGAACGCCCCCUCAGGCUUCAAGCCCUGGGGACAUCCGACUACUGUCAGUCCAUCGUUUCGGGGCGAACGCCGCCGCUACGCCUUCCGAUUUCGAAGCGAAGUUUGGUCUGCGCGCAUCACGAUGGAGUUGGACGGCGAGAGGGUUUCGGACCGCAGCAGAGUCGAGGUUGACGAAUCUUCUGCGGAAAACAGAGCAACACUGAGCGAGGAGCUGCUGGACUUUACCGAAUCUCUCCACUCCUCCAUUGUCCACUACGAAUGGAAAAACGGUAGACGGUAUCGAGAGGGAAACUACAAGUUCCCCAAUGACGAACGGGAACAAGAUCGACUCAACCUCGUCCAUUAUGCGAUUUACUAUCUGUGCGAUGAGAAAUUGUUCAUGGCGCCGUUCAACCCGGACGGGAAGAGAAUUUUAGAUACAGGAACGGGAACGGGCAAGUGGCCGAUUGAAAUGGGGGAUCUAUAUCCCUCAGCAGAAUUGGUGAGCAUUUCCAUAUGGGCAAUUUUUCGGGCACCGCCGAACGUCAAAUUCAUAGUCGAGGAUAUCGAGGAAGAUUGGAUAGAAACAGAACAAUACGACUUCAUACACUGCCGGUAUUUGAUGGGAUCUAUCAAGGAUUGGCCACGAUUGGUGAAAAAACAUUUAAAGCCAGGCGGCUGGGUGGAAUUCAAAGACUCAACAUCCACCAUAUUUUCUGAAGAUGGCAGCGUCACGCCUGACUACAAGGUGGGCGAAAUGCUUCGGAAUCUGAGGCUGGCAUCGGAGAGAAUAGGCAUAACCAUGGAUCAUGCCCCGUCACUGAAAGGCUGGAUGGAACAGGCCGGAUUUACAAAUAUCGAGCAGCGCACAAUGAGGUUACCGAUAGGCACGUGGCCAAAGAAUAAACGCUUGAAACUCAUUGGGGCAAUGAUGGCGUCACACUAUCUCGAAGGGGUGGAGGCAUUCACGCUCAUUCCAUUUACGGAGAUACUAGGCUGGACCACAGCGGAGGUUGACGAACUGAACGCGCAGGUCCGCGCUGCUGUGCAGACGAAGGGAGUCCAUCCAUUGCAUAUCUAG